AUGGCUGCUGGUGGUUCCAAAGUUGCUCGCUUUCUAAUAAGCGAUGGCUUCAAAAAAUGGUGCUACAACCAAUCUCGUUUCAAUCAAUACGGUCUGAUGCACGAUGACUGUAUUUAUGAAUCUGACGAUGUAAAGGAAGCGUUACGUCGCCUUCCCGAAGAUGUUAUGGAUGCCAGAGUAUUCCGGAUCGUUCGUGCAAUGCAAUUGAGUUGCCAGAAAAUUGUAUUGCCUCAAGAACAAUGGACAAAGUGGGAAGAAGUAUGACAAUGUUAUUU